AGCACAACCACUUUGAGAAUCAUCACCCAACCCUGAACAUCACGCAUUCAAGUCUCCCCAGAAGAGAUCUAUCAGUCACCCAACCUUACCACCGGAACAACUUUCGAUAUUGACAACACCCCUGCUGUCACCACAACCACUACCGUCCCACGCCAGACACACAGCGGAUCCUCCUUUCGAACAACGAACAAGCCCUCCUACUCUCUCUCUUUCUCUCUCUCGUCUCAGCAAGGUCAUCUCUCUACUUGAUACCUUACACAGCGUCCGAAGAGAGUUACACACACACACACACACACACACGAAAAACGCCCCAAACUGCCAAUCAGAUGGACAGUUUCAGUUUGGCAGACUUGCAAGCUGUCGGCCAACAAUCUAUGUUGUUCGGCACGUACCCUCAGCAGCCCUCCUCCUCCUCAACCUCCACUCUCAAGCGACAACAGACAUAUCCCACAAACUUCUCUGUGCCCGUCUAUAACUCGAUAGAAGACUGGAGUGCCGCAGAGCUGACUACCGACUCGGCACCUUCGCCAGGAUCCGGAUCUCCCAUCUCUCCCAUCUUCAACGGCUUUUCCUUCUCCAACUCGGGUGCUGGUGAGGACUGGGCUGCCUGGGACAAGGCUGAACAGUCUCCAGAGUCCGACCUCUUCCUCAAGACCGAGCUCCUCGACAGCCCGGACCUCUCAUCCAUACCUAUCGUGAGCCCUGUCCUGGAUUCCAUGGACGUUGGGAACACUGGACUUGACGACGUCGUGUUUGGUCGCGAGGGAGUCAACGAUACAAGGCCUCUGUUUCAGACACCACAGUUCAACAACCUCAACAUGCCUCAACAACAACAACGACAACAACAACAACAGCCUCAGUCGUCGUCUUCCAUGAAUAACUCUGGCCUGCCCUCCCCACAGGAGCUCUCUUCAGCCAAAGACAGACGAUAUCCAGCCCGCAACGGCCUCAAGAGGAAGUCAUCAGACGCCUGCUCCUCCUCCGCCUCGCCGUCCUCACCACGCUCAUCAUGCUCCCCACCCCCACCCCAACGCCGCCAUACCUCGGCCUCAUCCUCAAAGGAAGGCUCAAGCACCAGGCCCACCCUGGGGCCCAAGAAGACCGCCCACAACAUGAUCGAGAAGCGGUACCGGACCAACCUCAACGACAAGAUCGCUGCCCUGCGUGACUCAGUCCCGGCCCUGCGCGUCAUGGUCCACCGCCUCGAGCACGCCGACAAUACCAACGACGGCACCGAUGUCAUGGACGAGAUCAAGGCCGAGGCUGGCCUCGACGGCGACGAGGACCUCGGCGGGGUCACGCCUGCGCACAAGCUCAAUAAGGCCACCAUCCUGAGCAAGGCCACCGAGUACAUUGCACAUCUGGAGAGGAAGAACAGGGGCCUGGCAAAGGAGAACGCCGCUCUGAGGAAUCGUGUGGAGGGGUUUGAGAUGUUGGUAAUGAGUCGGAGCGGACAACGGUCCGUCUGGAAUUGAAAGGGGUCGGAACGAGACCUUUUGAUACCUUUUUCCUUGUAAAUAUUUUCUCUUCUCUACUGCAUUUAUCAUUUGUCACGAUGAUGGGCGUUGAGGAUCUCGGAACUCUUGAGGAGUAGGGCGAGAGCACAGAGCUCCUAAGUCAUGGCGUUUUCUUAUGUUUCAAAAAAAAAAGGGGGGGGGGGGGCAGAAAGAGAAUGGGAAGGGGGAAAAAUGGACGAUGAACUGGCAGUCUAGUCACAUGGACCGAUAUGGUAAAAGACAUUGAGUCUUUCAAAUGCACACCACUAUUACCUCUCUGAC